UUAAUUUGCUAGCUGAGCUUUCUGAAUUAAUAUAUAUGCUAAUUUGUGGUAUUAUGUAAAAGAUGCUGAAACGAGGGAGCUCAGUUUUGAAUGAUGGAAUUGGAUCUGUCGAUCCCAUUCGUAGGACUCGUCACAAGUCUAAUAUAAUGUCUCCACCAAGAAGCUCAUUCUCAUCAACGCUGCAGUUCCCUUCUUCCUCAACUUAUGCAGAUGCAUCUUCUGUACCUUCCGGCAAAAACUUCUGCAUUGGAGUGAGGAAAAGAAGAAUGACAAAGAACCGCAGAAUGUAGAAAGUCGUGUGUCUCCCUUUGUUCCAAUUCCUCUUCAAUCCAGUGAAAUGGCUAGGAAAAUACUGGAGCAACUUGAUAAAUUAGCUCCUUCCCCCAAAGUGAAACCAUCUAAUUUGAAAACUGAUAUGGAUGAAUCACCUCUUAUGCUAACUCAUGACGCACUGAGUAGUCAGGCCCUGAAAAGCAUGGAGAAAAUCGAAAGCACUAAGUUUGUGAAUGUGCAAGGAAGUGGUAGUUUCGAACCUUCCAAUCACAGUCAUCAUCAAAGAAAUCCUUUUUAUGAGAAGCAAUAUGAGGCUGCUGAAAAUGCGUCUCCAGCAUCUGAUACCAUGAAGUUUGAAAGAGCUGUUAUAGAGGUCAAACCUAAUGUAUCAGCUAUAAAUUUUACUGUUUCAGAAGCUGCUACUAUGUCUGCUAAAAGAAAACCUUCCUUCCGGAUGAGCAUUCCUGAGGGCUUAGAUGAGUUGGAUGAUAGAGAUGAUUCUGUAAAGGAUUCUUCCGGUUUAACUCUGAUUGCAAAAGGUAAAUCUGAACUAUUGUCAGACAUCAAGACUACACAAAUUGCAGAAACUGGUUGGGGGGUUGCUAAAAAAUAUUCCUCUACUGGUGUUCCUGUAUCUACAACAAUCUUGGAUACAAAUAUCUUGAAUGCCCCUAAUGUGUCUUGCAAUGGUAACAUAAAUGGAGUCCAUUUUCUGGCAUCACCUUCACCUAAUUCUUCAUCAGUACUUUCAGCAAUUCCUACUUCAGCCAUGCCUCCUGUGCAACUUGCUCUAAGAGAGGAAGUUUCAUCUCCUACAACAAAAGUUGGCUUAGUGGCAUAUUCAUCUGGAUCUCCUUCAGCAGUUGUUGGUUCUAAUGACCCACAAUUUCUUGCAAGUGAUGAAAACAGAAAAAGCAUAUCUUCAAGCUCAGAUUUUGAUAAAGUUGUCAAAACAAUUAAUUCAUUGGGAGAUGCUACAGAGUCAAGCAUCUCAUCUUCACCUAUCUUGAGCUUAACUAGCUCUGGUGUUUCUUCAACUUCCACACUAACUGACGACACUGCUUUGACAAAUGAGUAUAUGAAGCCGUCCGUUUUCACUUCAAGCAACUUUGCCACUCCAAGUACCUCUAUUGCAUUGUCAAGUACUGUUAGUGCUUCUUCAGUCCCUUUCUCAGUAUUUACAAACAUGAGUAGUAGCUCUUCUCCUCUGUGUGCUUCAACUUCUUCGAAUGGACUUCUAAGAUUUGGUGCAUCAUUGCAGCCAAAUGGUGCUAGCUCACUUUUUUCUAACAGUUCUCAGAGUAUUUCUUGUGCGGCUUCAGCUGGAUUUAGUUUUGCUAGUCAGCCUGUAGAGACUAGUUCUGUUGUGUCAAACCCUUUGUCAAGCACAUCUGGUGGUCCCGUUCAGGAAUCUACUUCUGCUGCUUCUUUAUUUGGCUUCUCAAGUGCUCUCGCAAAACCUCUUGAUGCAAGUUCUGGUCUCGCAUUGCCUACUUUUACUGGAUCAUCUUCAAACUCCGGCAGUUCUUCUACAUUUAUGACAACUUUAAGUUUUGGUUCAAAUUCUGGCUUUUCUUCCCUUUCCAGUUUUACUCUUUCAUCUGAAGGUGUUGGAAGUGGCAGAUCCUUAGCAUCAACUGCACCUUUGUCAACUGCACCUUUUGGUUCAAGCAGUGUGUUUCCUUUUGUUACUGGAAAAUCUUCAGACGCUGGCAAUUCUGAUACAGUUGCAUCAAAUUCUGGUUUUUCCCUUUCUAGUGCUAAUGCUUCAUCUCAAAGUAUUUGCAGCAGCAAUUUCCUUUCCUCAACUGCACCUUUUGGAUCAAGUGGUGUUCCCAUUCUGCCACGUGUUACUUUCUCAACCAAUUUUAGUGCAAACGCUGCAUCAUUUGGUUCAAAUUCCCAGGCAUCCAAAUCAUCAGUCUCUAUCCCUACUUUUGGUUCUAUAUCAUCUUCACCAGCUACAGGUGUUUUAAUCACAUCAUCUCCUUCAGAGAGUCUGCCGUUUUCAUUUGCAGCAUCUUCGAUGCCAGCAUUUUCAUUUGGUUCAACUGGCAGCACAUCAUCCCUAUCUGCCUCUGUUGCACAGCCUGUGUUUGGAACACCAAAUCAAUUAGCUGCUUUGAAUUCUUCACCUGGAAAUGAUAAGAUGAGUGUCGAGGAUAGCAUGGCUGAUGAUCCAAUCCAGCCGUCUACUUCAUUGGGGAGAUUUGGGCAACAAACCAAUAUACCUUCACUGCCAAAUUUUAUUUUUGGUUCUCCAGCUGCUCCUGGUGGACAACCCUUUCAAUUUGGCAGCCAGCAAAAUGAUAUUGUUCCUCCCCCGUCUCCAUUCCAACCAGCUCCAAAUUUAGAUUUCAGCGCCGGAAGUAGCUUUUCUCAGGGAACUGGAGGUGGAGAUGAGUCUGGCCGAAAAUUUGUGAAAGUCAGAAGAGAUAAGCAUCGAAAAAAGUAGAAGGUUUUGAAAGAAGGUGACAAGUAAGGUGCUGUUUUUGCACUAACUUGCUUAUUUAUUUUCUUAGUUUUCACAUUUGACGGCAAUGGUCUAAGAGGCACGAGGUAAGAUUGUUAAAGUGCCAGACCGCUGGA